CUCAUUCUCCUUAAAAAUUACACACACACACACACACACACACUCUCUCUCUCUCUCUCUCUCUCUCUCUUUCUCUCUCUGCAAACUCAAAAUCUCAGUCUCAGUAGAUGGAGGAAUCGACGGAAGAACUGGAACCGCUCUUCGAUUACAGUCGCAUUCAACCCAUCGAUUUCGUGUUCCUUGACGAUGACUGUUCGGCUUCGCCUCCAUUUUUCACAGCCAAACGGAAGAGGGCUUCAAAUCCCUCGGUGGAAGGUAAAGUGGAGAGCUGUGAAGUUGUGAAUGUUGAUGAAAGUGUGGAGGAAAAGGAAGAGGAUUGGCUGCUGCCUCCACCCAAGAAACCGGUAGCUGCUGCAGCGGCACUCCAGGAGGAUCCUACGAUACAAGAGUUGAGGUUAAAGAAGCAGGAAUUGGCAUUAUUUGCUCAAUCAGCUGAGGAUGUCCUCCGAGCAGUGGAGGAGUCUGUCAAAAGAGAAAUUAGUGGUUCAGGAAAGUCUGUUCCAGAACCUGAAGGAGACCAGCCAUCAAAACCGAAUGAUAAAAGAGAAAAGAUCGUCAUUUCCAUCCAGGACAAGGAUGGACUUAAGCAGUUUCGCAUGUUUAUGGAUGACAAGUUCGAGAGACUCUUCAAAAUGUAUGCCGAGAAAGUCAAGAGCAAAAAGGAAACCUUGGUGUUCUGUUUUGAUGGAGAUAAAGUUAGUUCUACUGCGACACCAAAGAGCCUAGGGUUAGAGAACGAUGACAUUAUAGAAGUGCAUUGUAAGCCUAACUGAACCAAGUAAGAACUGUGUGGCUUAUCUCGCUAAUCUCUUGUUGGCCCUUUUCUGUUACAAUUUUGAGGGUAUGCCAUAUGUAAUAUUGAUUGUGUUAUCCUUUUAUGGCAUUCAUUUUCAUGUGGGUCA